AUGGGGUCAGCUCGAGCCACCAGGUACAGUAUCGUCUCACCAGAUGAGGAGGGCCUCAAAAUUUCUACCCUUGGACUCCACAACGGGCAUGGCUCCCCCAAUCGCCAGCUGUACUCCCCAAGCAGUUCAGGGGUCGGGGGCAGGACUGGGGGUCUGCUGGGUCGAGGAAUGGACAAUUACAAUGGUAGGAUUUCCACCACGGGCCCGGGUCAGCUGAGAAGCCGCUUUGUCAAGAAGAAUGGCCAGUGUAAUGUGGAAUUCUCCAACAUGGAGGACAAACCCCGCCGCUACCUGGCCGACAUUUUCACUACCUGCGUAGACAUCCGUUGGAGGUAUCUGCUGCUCAUCUUCUGCAGCACCUUCCUAAUCUCUUGGCUGAUUUUUGGGAUAAUAUUCUAUUCUGUAUCCCUCGCUCACGGGGACUUCGAUGACCACCGGGGAGCAAGUUCCACCUCUGGUGGCUUGGCUGGUGGGCCAGGUGUGUUCUCAGGUGAAGGAGAACAGAAAAAAUGGAAACCCUGCAUUCUGCAUGUGGAAGGUUUCCUAGGUGCAUUUCUGUUUUCUAUUGAGACCCAAACCACCAUUGGUUACGGCUGGCGAUGCGUCACAGAGGAAUGCCCAGUUGCAGUGGUGACUGUGGUGGUCCAGUCCAUCGUUGGCUGCAUCAUUGACUCCUUUAUGAUCGGCACUAUCAUGGCCAAGAUGGCAAGGCCAAAAAAACGUAACCAGACCUUGCUGUUCUCCCAGAAUGCAGUGAUUGCCCUGCGCGAUGGGAAGCUUUGCCUCAUGUGGCGCGUUGGCAACUUGCGUAGGAGCCACAUCGUGGAAGCUCACGUCCGAGCCCAGCUCAUCCGACCCUACAUCACCGCAGAGGGAGAGUUCAUCCCGCUGGAGCAGACGGAUCUAAACGUGGGUUAUGACGAGGGUAUUGACAGGCUCUUCCUGGUGUCUCCUCUCAUCAUAGUCCAUGAAAUCGAUGAAGACAGUCCGCUCUACGGCAUGAGCCGGGCUGACCUGGAGAUGGAUGAUUUCGAGAUCGUGGUGAUCCUGGAAGGCAUGGUGGAGGCGACGGCCAUGACCACUCAGGCACGCAGCUCCUACCUGGCCAGGGAGAUCCUCUGGGGUCACAGGUUCGAGCCGGUGAUCUACGAGGACCGUGACCGCUAUCAGGUAGACUACGGUCGCUUCCACAAGACCUACGAAGUACCGACCACGCCCAGCUGCAGCGCAAGAGAACUUAACGAGAGAACCAGCCACCGUUCCUCCGCCUCAUCUCGCUCCGAAUCUCCCAUCAGCCGUUGUCCCAGCCAGCACCUCAUGCCGCCUCACUCUCCGAGUGCUUUCUGCUACGAGAACGAAGUCGCUCUCAGCUGCGGAGAAGAAGAGGUGGAGGACAAAGGCAGGCUGAAAGAAAUGGAUAAUGAUCCAUCCCGGCAUAUGAUUGGCCUUGCUACGGACUUCCAGAAGAUGUUCCAAGACACAGCGACCAUGACGUCAGGGAGCAACAUGCUGUGUGUUUUGGACAUGGACAAUCAGAUGGAAUUCGACAUCUUGCAGACUACGAUUCCUCUUGACCCGAUUACGUACAAGAGCGAGUCAGAAAUCUGA